AUGGGCGUUACCUCUGGCCUCAUCACGCUCCCCGCCAGCAUUGCAGCCGCGAGCUUUGGGUUUGCGGCGCUGCCGUCGCUGCCGCUGGCCCUGGUCCUGGCCGACAAGGUGUCCCUGGCCACCGCCGCCAUAUCCUGCUCCGCGGGGCUGGCCGCAGAGACCGUCAAGGCGCGGCGAGGCGCCGGGCAGAUCGAGAGCGACGGCGAGGAUGGGGUGAACGGCAAGCACAGCACAUGA